GGCCACACCUUUUUCCUCCCACUCGCAUCGAGUCGAGGUGUCAAGCGGCGGCGAGGAGAAUGAAACCGGGAGGAAGGGAAAAGGGAGAGGCAGGAGCGGGAGCGUUCGCCUGAUCGAACUCGGGUCAGGACAACAAUCGAGCUCCGGGGGGAAUGGGCCCGGCGCUUGCUGGUGAACGGGCCGGAGCUGAAGGGUCGAGAGGAGGCCGCGGCUCCGCGAACAAAGAGGUGUAAACAGACCAAAGAGAAGACACCCGUUCCCUUCCCUUCUCCUCCCCUCUGGAGGAGUCAAAGCUACUCCUCCCACUGCCCGAGCCUGGCACGUCCGUGUCUCAGCCGCGAGACGCACAACAGCCCCCGGGGGCUCGGCAGCUGCUACAACACCCGCAGCUCGGGCUGCACCGCUUCCUGCAGGGGUCGGGUGCCUGUUGGAGGGUGACUGGUUAGUGGGGGUUUAACUAGUUUAAUGCCCAGUGCGACAGGGAUAUCGGCUUGGGCGGGUGGUGCAAAGUGCCCUGUCUCUUUCCCUGUCCCUAUUAUGUACACCUUUGUGGUCCGGGAUCGGAACAGCUCCAUCUACGCAGAAGUGGGCAAAGUGCUCAUCUCCACGGGGCAAUGGCGAAGACUCAAGAGGGACAACCCCAGGUUCAACCUGAUGCUGGGGGAGAGGAACAAGCUGCCUUUCGGUACCCUGGGUCAUGAACCAGGACUUGCACAGCUUGUAAACUAUUAUAGGGGUGCUGACAAACUCUGCCGCAAGGCUUCAUUAGUCAAACUCAUCAAGACAAUCCCAGAGCUGAUGGAAUCGUGCACCUGGUUUCCAGAAUCUUAUGUGAUCUAUCCCAUGGGCCUCCACAGUACUCUGAUACCUGUGAAAAAUGGCAUCAAAGCACAAAGAAAUAAUGUGAGAACAGAUGAUCGGGAAGCAUUUUUGGAAUCCUACCAUAAGAGAAAUGAAAAUGGAGAAAGUAAUGUGUGGAUAGCCAAAUCUUCAGCAGGCGCUAAAGGAACUGGAAUUUUUAUUUCUUCUGACGCUAAUGAAUUGAUGGAUUACAUAGAUAGUCAAGGUCAAGUUCAUGUGAUUCAGAAAUACCUCGAGAGACCUUUACUAUUAGAACCAGGACAUCGCAAAUUUGACAUCAGAAGCUGGGUACUUCUUGAUCACCAGUAUAAUAUUUACCUCUACAAGGAAGGUGUAUUGCGGACUUCCUCUGAUCCAUACAAUAGCACCGAUUUUCAAGACAAAACCAGUCAUCUGACAAAUCAUUGUAUUCAGAAAGAAUACUCCAAGAAUUAUGGGAAAUAUGAAGAAGGCAACGAAAUGUUUUUUGAAGAUUUUAAUCAGUAUUUAAUGAACACUCUCAAUGUUAACUUGGAAAACAGUAUUUUACCACAAAUCAAGCAAAUCAUAAGAAGCUGCCUCAUGUGUAUAGAACCUGCAAUCGGCACUAAGCUGCUCCCAUACCAUAGCUUUCAACUAUUUGGGUUUGACUUUAUGGUUGAUGAAGAUCUUAAAGUCUGGCUAAUUGAAGUGAAUGGAGCUCCUGCCUGUGCUCAGAAACUCUAUGCUGAACUUUGUCAAGGCAUAGUGGAUGUAGCCAUUUCCUCAGUCUUCCCAUUAAGUGACUCAUCACCGAAACCGAGCCAACAGUCUGUCUUCAUUAAAUUGGGAAGUUAAUAUAGAGUAUUAUUGCUCCUUCUCCCACUUCCACUACAUUUCGUAAUCCGAUUGUCUGUACGUAUUAGUAUCAACUGAGCACUGUGAAUCAUGCAUACAAACUCUAUCCAUAGUCCCCAGAAGUCUAUUAAAAGACCAUUGUAUCCAUGGUGAAGAAUAAUUAUGAAGGCUGUGGAAUUAUUUAUGUUGGUUACUUGUAUUAAUCAACAGCUUACAUGAUGUACAUCAUUAAGAGUCCUUUUGGAAAAUUACAAUCCGAGCAUGACAAUGGCAAUUGCUGUAAACUGAUACAUGUCACUUCAAACUCUGCAGGAAUGCUACAAGAAUAUUCUGUUUAUUACAAAUGGAUAGCAGGGACUGUGCAGUAAAUACAUUGACAUAAUGAUUAUGCGAUUAGAAGUACUGAUCUGCAUCCUGAAAAGAUUAUUAAAGUACUGAAUUGUGUUUGGACCUGAUUAAAAUUUUGGCACUAUCCUUAAAAUAUGUGGCGAACUUUUAUAAUGUAUUCUGCUAAUAUCACUUACAUAAUGGUGCAUAAAAAUGGAUAUCACUGUGACCUGGCACAGCCCAAGCCAACUCCUUAAUAUACAUUUCAUGCCAUGUAUAGUAGUACGUUUACCAAUAGUGAAUGCUAAGUGCUUCAGAAACCACGAACAAAAGCAGUCAUGCACUGCUUUCAUUCUGAUUGUCUCUAUAUUCUGAGAGCUUCUUUUUGAAAUGCCAAUGAUAUUGUGGAUGUGAAGAAAGCAAAGGAUUCUGGUUAUUGUUUGUUUUUAUUACAUUUGCAAACACUUAAUCCUCUGAGAGGAGUUUUUGGGGUGGGGCAAACUUAUUGUAUUUUAAAGAUGCUAAUUUUAUGAAGGGGAGGAAUCCUUUCCUUUUUUUUUCCUGUGUUGGGAACUCUGCAGAAUGAAAUACACUAUUACAAACACAAAAUCGGAAAUUGCUGGAAAAGCUCAGCAGGUCUGGCUGCAUCUCUGGAGAGAAAUCAGAGUUAAUGUUUCGGGUCUAGUGACCCUUCCUCAACUGAAUUUUAUGCACUACUGAAAAGUUUAGUUCAUUCUGUUUGCGGCCUAAAUAUGGCCUGCAUAGAGCUGAUGAGGAUUAAUAAGACAAAUUGAAAAAUGGUAGCAUGCACUAAAUGCAUUUUGUCUUGAUUCGCAUUAUGUAUGUACAUCACAGAAACUGCCCUCCUGUCUGAAAUUUACUUUUCUGAUCUUUUGUUCUGGAAGCUAUGAGAUAACAGUUUAUUUUAUGUAUGGUUUUUAAUUUGUUUCCUUGCCAGUUCACCAUCUGAAUAAUCAGCUUGCUGCAAUUAUCUUAUUGUUACCUGCUAAAUGCAUGUUUUUUUUAAAAUGGAUCAACUAUUUUGCUGUUCUGGUAUUUAUUGUUCUGUUUCAUAUUUAGUGAGGAAAAAUUCAGUGCACUGAGGAUGGAGACAUGUUACUACUAAAUGUGUUAACUAUGUGGGACAAAUUGGUUGGUCUCCCCAGGGUAUUUUGUGGAAUGCUGUUCCAUUUUAAGGUGUUUUCUCCCAGAAUAUUUGCUACAGUUUCUUGAGAGUGCACUGUAGUGUCAUCUAACUCAUCACAGGCAGAUUAUUGUGAUGACAUGUUGCUAUUAGUGCAUGUUUCUCAGUAUCUAACUUCAAAACAGUAUCAUGAAAAUAAAGAGUUACCAAUGA